AUGGAAGAGCUUAUAUGUCCGUAAUGCUAAAAUAUAUUCAAUGAAUUGGAGAAUAUACCUUUGAUGUUACCAGAUUGUGGACAUACGAUAUGUUAGAAGUGUAUAGAAUAGAUGUUGAUGAGUGCAGAUGGUUAACAGAUAUGUUGUCCUGAGGAUAAGUAAUAGUGAAAAUGAGAUAUAUAAAAGUAUUCUUGCAAGAGGGAAGACACAUAUAACAGAGUUUCCGAAGAAUUGUUAACUUUUAAAAAUGGUUGUGAAAUAAAGGCCAUCAUUAGAGUAGCCAGAAUAUUAGUUGCAUUUGAAUAAUCUAGCAUAAGAGAAGAUUGAUUUAUGUGGAGAACAUUUAGAGAAGUUAGAGAUCGUAUGUUUGACAGAUAAGAUUCGAAUAUGUACAAAAUGUGCUUUAUUUGGUAAUCACAGACAUCAUGAAGUUCGCUCAGUUGAUGAUGUAGUAAGAGAAAUUGCAUUGAAGGCUGAAAAUAUAAUGUAAACUUAUUAAAAGAUUUUGGAUAAAUAAUAAGAAUUGACAGAAUCUAAAUUUUAUGAACCAUUAAAUGAAAAGUAUUAAACAAUGUUGUAAGAGAGUUAGAUGACAGUGAGAGAUAAAUUUAAAGAAUUACAUUAAUAAUUAGAUCUAAAAGAAAAUAAAUUAUUAGAAUAGUUGAAUGGAUUAACUUAGACUUUAGAAUAAUAAACAAAAAGAUAGAUUAAAGAUUAAAUCUAAUAGAGUUUGUAAUAAGCAGAAUUAUGGAAGAUAGGUGCUAAAGAUAGAUUACUUUAUUUUUCUACCAAAACUGAGAGUGGUGAAUUACCAUUAGAUUUAUUGUAUAAUUAAGAAUUUAAAGGAAAUGCUAUUAUAGAUGAAAUGGAUAGAACUUUAAAAAUGUUAGAAUAAAGAAUAAACAAUGUAAAAAUUAAAAAAAUAAGAGUUGAUUUUAAAAAGAAUGAAAUAGACAAAUGUUUUGAUUCAAUGUGUUCAUUAACAUUAUAAUUAAAUCAUAAUGAUACUACACAUACUGAAAAUAGUUUUAGUAAAUUUGAUUAAGAAGAACCUAUGUUAUUAAGAGAUAAUUCUGUAGCUGAUUGGAAUGAUAAUGAUGAAAAUCUAGUAUCUUAAAUUACAACUCAUGUAUCUAACUCUAUGCAUGAAUUAAAAUACACUUCAUAAUUAUAAUAAACUAAAAGUCCUGUAAGAACAGAACCAGCUGUGCAUACUUAACAUUCAAUCACUCCUUUGAAAUAGAUUAAAUAAAAGAGUCCACAUAAAGAAGUUCUAAAUAAUAAUACAUCUUUAUAACCUCCUGCCCCUGUUUCUUUGUUGAGAUAAGGAAUCUCUCCCACACCUAAAUUAUAAGAUAAAAGGAAAAAGACUUUUAAAAUUAAUGAUAAAUUUGAACCCAUCAUGCAAUCUUUCAAAAAUGACAAUUUAGAAAUUGUUGAUCUAUCUAAUGCAGGUAAUUAUUCUAUUUUUAUCUUCUUAGAAUUAGGAGAUGAAGGUUGCAAUCUUAUUGCUGAUUAAUUGAAAAUUUGUAAAAAAGUUAAAUAGUUGAAAUUAGCAAGAAAUAAAAUUAGUGAUGAUGGGGCAGCUAUCAUUUUAUAAGCAUUAAUUUUAAAUGCUAAUAUUACAUCUUUACAUCUAUCUUCCAAUAUGAUAUCAGAAAGAACACUUGAUUUAAUUCUUCAUCUAACUAAAACUGGACAACUACCCAAAAAUAUAUAUUUGUCUCAGACUCUUAUUAAUGCUACUAAAGCCAAAAAAAAAAUUGAAGAACUUAAGAAAUUGGGAUAUGUUGUGAACAUUUGAAAAGCGU